AUUCAAAUGUACGCGGCUUUUUGUGCGUAGGAAUUCGUGUUCGAGCGUUUGUUUGGGUUCGCCCGUUGCGAGGGGUUUCAGCAAAACAGUUCCCGGUUUGUUCGUUUAUUAUUUGUUAUCGAUUUUGUAGAGAAAGUUAGUGUCAAGAUGUUGGAAAUUGUAUCGUGCGCAAAGGACACACAGCUGCACAGCUUCCCAAGGUUGGAGCAGCUGGCCAGCAGUGCCCACGUCGGGAACAAUGGUUCGCACUGCCAUUUUUUCGGUUCCUCGAAGCUGUUCGUACGAGCGAACAAAGAUUGGGGUAUAGAGCUGCUGCGUCUCAAGCCGGCUGCCGACCAGACGGACACGGGCGGCAAGAUGGGCAGCGCCACCAGUCGCACGAUCGCGAACGUGAAAAAGAUCGCGAUCGACAAUUUGUACUGUGUUGCGUGUCCGAAGACGGCUGGCAAGGAAGAGAUAGCGAUCGGCUUGACGACCGGUACGGUACGGUUAAUGAAUUACAAGAAGGCCAACUUUACGAAGCGGUUCGAUAAUGAUAGGAUCACGAUCGGUGUGACGUUUAUGGACUUUAAUGCUACGGACGACUUUUUGGCCACCGUGUACGAAAAUGGGCUGGUUAAUGUGUACGGGCUGAAGACAAGUUCCAAGCUACACACAUUAGCAUUCGACAAGAACACCGUGAAAGCACGAUUUCAUCCCACCAAGCGGUUCUCGCUGGCGAUCGCAUCGUACAACGGCGCCGUCCUGCUGUACGACACACAAACGAAGAAAACACUGUUCUCGCAAAUAUCUGCUCAUGCUGCACCGUGUCGCGAUAUAGCGAUGGUGGAAUCGCACCCCGAGUACCUCUUUUCAGUAGGCUAUGACAAUGUGAUUAAUAUUUUCGACACGAGAAGAAAGGAAACGGCGUCCCAAAUUCAUUCGAACUAUCCGUUCGAAUCGCUGGCAAUCGCAGAAGACGGCAUUCACCUGGCGGUGGGCAAUCUGAAGGGUUACGUGUACGGGUACGAUCUGCGCAAUCUAAAGGAUCCGUUGAACAUGCAGAAGAUUCAUCAGAACUGUGUAAACAGCCUUGCGUUUGUACCGCAGGCGCGCGAUGGAUCAAACCGACGAAGCAUGAUCGAGCUGGAAGAAUCGAAGAAGGCGACGAAAAGUGUGCGGAUCAGCGAAGGUGGCAAGCUGAACCGGCCAGAACCUCAGGCCCAUCCGACUGGGCCCGAUCAGCACGAUAGUUUCAUCGGAGAGAUUGAUUUGUUUCUACAGCGCCGCGACGCACCGAUCGAUUGUUUGUCCCGGCUGAGUACGUCUUCCAGCUUUAGCGCGGAAUCGCGUAACAGCAUGCACAUGGGUGGUAACAACUUGAUGGGUUUCCUGGACGAACUGUCCGACAGCAAGGUGGAUUCGGAAACGAUCGACUCUCAGACGGAAUCGCAGCAAAUGGUCGAUACCGCACCGGGCGUAGACGAUAGCUUCGUGAACGUGAACCGAUUGCUGAAGCGCGUGAAGGGUGACGGUUCGAGAUCCACCAAUUCCAGCAGUGAUCGGAUGCUGCGGAAAGGUCUCGCCGGGUUGGUCGAUAAUUUGGAACACAUUCGCGAGGAAGGAUCGGAAGUAGGGGACGGUGCGUGUGAUUCGAUACCGAGCGGCAAUAGUGGUUCCACCGGGAAUAGUAACAGUACCCCAAGGAUACUGGCUGAAAGCCAGCAGGAGAACACAGUCGCUGCUCCGGGAGCGGUCGACACGAAGAGAAGCAUUACGGGGGAAACGGAUCCGAUCGUUGAAAGCAGUAAAAUCGACAAAGAGAAUCGACUACGUCCAUCGGUGGUGAGCAUCAAGCAGACACUACCGAAUGCAACGGUGGAACCAUCGCCACAGAUUGCAGCUGCAAGUACGAAGGAAUGGCGAAAAGAUUCUGCAGCCAUGCCUGAACCCUGGCGAGGAAUCGUCAUCAUCCGUUCGGGAAGAGAUUGCCGAGCUGCGCCGAACAAUGAUGGACCAGUUGAACGGUGCACGCUGCGGCAGAUAGAUGCUGAGCAAGCCAUGAAAAGCAAUUUGUGGAUGUGUAUGUUUAAUCUGUGGCGCGAAACGCAAAGCAAGCUGGAAUCGCUCGAGCAGUACGUGAGCACCGGGCUGGGACUGUUGCUGCCGAGGGACGAGUUUGCGCAGCAGUUUCUCAGCAUGCGGGCAGAAAAUGAGGCGCUGAAAGCACGGUUGAAGCUGUUGGAGGAGACGUCAAGCGAUGCAAAGCGGUCGUAGAGCAGGUGGAAGGUAAAAUUCGUCUUUUUAAGCCACUUAUAAAAGCCAUUGUAUUAUAUUAUCACAUUUGUUUAACAAAGCUAUUGCAUAGUCCGGAGGAA